GCAAAUCUAUAAAGUUGAAUAAUGUAAAUUCUCUACAUUGUACUUCACGACGAUCUGUUAUCGUUCUCUUUGUUAUCUUUCUUUCUCGCGUUUGUGGUGAAAACCCACGAGUUUGCGUCAUUGGAAAAAACGCGGCGCCUCGCAAAGACUUCCGUUUCAUUACCGGAUGAAAUCUGGGCGAGUCCUACCGCAGGAAAGAGAGGGGGGGUGUACUUAUCGCAAUAAUGUAUUCGUCCGAACGUAGCCUUCUCCUUCAUUCGCUCUCAUUGUCAGACUUGUUCUCGUGACGGCUACAACUUCUCGUUUUCAUGCUGAGCAAGAUACUUGAUUGAGUUUGAUUGAAUUUGCAAAAAUCUAUGUAUCGGAAUUAUUAAUUGAACGACGUUUUUCGCGUAUAAGAAGUAUCAUCGCCACGGGAUUUUUUUUUUUUUCUUGAGAACGCACGUGACAACGGAUCGCCGAUCGAACAGAUUGACAGUUUACUGGACUCGCUGAACCGAGUGGCGUUCAUUUCUAAGCGUACGACAGAGGCAGGGGAAUUUGACGUGCUAGCAACAUGUCCAGCACAUCGCAAAAGCACAGAAACUUCGCAGCUGAACCAAUGAGAGAAAAGCCGGUGACUGAACUUGCUGGUGUCGGUGAAGAUUUAGGCAAAAGAAUGGAGGCGGCUGGUUAUGAUAAGGCUUAUCUUAUUCUCGGCCGAUAUUUGGUUCUGAGGAAGGAUAAAGAGUUGUUUCAAGAAUGGAUGAAAGAUACAUGCAACGCAAAUGAAGAACAGUCUCGAGAUUGCUACCAGUGCCUUUUUGAUUGGUGUAAACAGUUCUUGUAAAUCUUAGGCAAAAUGAGUGACAUUUUUUUACUUCUGUAAACGAUUGAAUUUGGUUUUUUUUUUGUUUUUUUUUUUUAACAAAAUGAUCUUUCAUAUAACUAUAACUUAAAAGCAUGUUCUACCAAAUUCAAUUGUACAUAAUCCUUACCUGUACUGAAGAUGAAUACAAAUUUUAAC